AUGAAGAAGCAUCUGAAGUCAGUGGCUAAUGAAGUUUCAUGCUCUAUAAAAGACCCACUAUUAAGCACAGAUGAUUUGAAUCUUGAGUCAUUAUUAAGCAUAUGGAUGAAAUAUUAUGGAGGUGACCCACGUAUUGCCCUUGGUAAAUAUUCUCCUUUGGAAAAAGAAAUCUUGCGUUUAGGCGGUGUGCAUACAGUAGCCACUAGAAGGCUUUUGGCUCAGAAACAAAAAGAGGAAGAAAAGAUGCUGAAGGAGCUCAGGCAGAAAUCACCAGAUUACAAAAGAGCAAUGGAAUAUAAUAAUGUAUACGCUCUUCUAAAUACAGGGAAGAAAAAUAUGGAAAAGGCAUGGACUGCUAGAAUAAUUGUUCCACGAGAAGAACUUCAAGUGCCAAGUAGGGAGAAGACAAAUAUCAAUAAGCACAUAGAAAGGAUGAAAAUGGCCAGAGGACCAAAAGACUGGGAAUAUACUGAACAAUGCCAUCAUGGCUCAUUUCUACCAGCUGUAGCUCCAGAUUCCAAAGCAGCAAGUCAAGAAAGAGAUGAUGAUGAGGCAUCCUCAAAAGCUAAUAAAAUAAAAAUAAAAAUGAAUGUAACCUUCAAGGAAGAUGAACGCAUAAAACCCUUAAUAAUCAAACCAAAUGAAAUGAAAACAUUUGACCUAAAGAAGAAACAAGAACGCAAAAUAGCAGGACACACAAAUCGCAUACGUUUCCUGCCCUUUGAAUUCCCUGGUGAUAUGCUUUUGUUAAGCCAAAAUUACAAAUCCACACGAAUUCAUCUCAAUGAUAAUAUGAAGUCAUUACUCUCUAAUAAAGAGGGUCAUUGGAAAAAUUGUCUUCAAAUUGCUUCCGAAGAUUCUCCUCUCUCUUAA